AUGCCGCCACCCCUCCUGCAUGCCACCCCUCCUUGUGCCACCACCCCUCCUGCAGGCCACCAAUCCUCCUGCGUGCCACCACCCUUCCUGCGAGCCACCACCCCUCCUGCACGCCACCACCCCUCCUGCACGCCACCACCCCUCCUGCACGCCACCACCCCUCCUGCACGCCACCACCCCUCCUGCGUGCCACCACCCCUCCUGCAUGCCGCCACCCCUCCUGCAUGCCGCCACCCCUCCUGCAUGCCACCCCUCCUCGUGCCACCACCCCUCCUGCAGGCCACCAAUCCUCCUGCGUGCCACCACCCUUCCUGCGAGCCACCACCCCUCCUGCACGCCACCACCCCUCCUGCACGCCACCACCCCUCCUGCACGCCACCACCCCUCCUGCACGCCACCACCCCUCCUGCGUGCCACCACCCCUCCUGCACGCCACCACCCCUCCUGCGUGCCGCCACCCCUCCUAGUGCCACCACCUCUCCUGUAUGCCACCACCUCUCCUGUGUGCCACCACCCCUCCUGUGUGCCACCACCCCUCCUGCAUGCCACCACCCCUCCUGCACGUCACCCCCCUCCUGCGUGCCACCCUCUCCUGCACACCACUCACCCUCUGGCACGCCACAUGUCCUCUUGUAUGCCAUCCACCCUCCUCCUGCACAUUUCAAUCAUGAUAUAAAUUGGUUUGUGGCACUUUGUGAAAAUCAGUUAUGA